AACAUCAAAAAUAAAAAAUAAUAUCUGAGUCAUCAUUUUCUUCAUAUAUUCUAAUAUAGCCUAGAGUGCCAAUCCGAACUCUCUGAUACUCCUGCCAGGCGCCGACGCGCGUGCUGAGGACUCAGCAUUCAAUAACAGAAAAAGCGUGAAUUACACGCCCAUUUGAGGGACCAGCAAAUCGUGAUCAUCUCCACUCCAUUAUCCAGCAUUUUCAAAGCAAGAAAAUGGAAACCUGAAAAUGAUGGCUACAAGAGCCAGCCGCAGUCCCAUCAGUGCUUGAUGACGAGGGAAACAAUGGUGGAUGCUCUGUUUGGUUACUGUUGAUGAGGGCAAGUUCUUGCUAAGCUAGCUAGAUAGGCCAUGAAGUAGAGUGAAACCAUGGACAACAAGUCUUGGCUUUGGAGGAAAAAAUCUUCACAAAAGACAAUCGUUGCAACAAACAAGUUUGGCAUUUCUGUUAAAGGAAUUGAUGAAGAGCUUCAAAUGGGGAAUGAAGUAGGAGCUGGUAGACCUGUAAGAAAUUUGAAUGAGAAGUUGGCUUCAGUGCUUCUUGAUUCUUCUGCCAAAGAUGAUCUUGUUAUCAAAAAAGAAAAGCUGUUGAAAGAAGACGUUGCAGGCCAGGAGGAGGCAGAAGUAGUGUGCCUGAGAAAAGAUCUAGAUGAAGCUUUAAAGGAAAGAUUAGCUGCAAAUGAAAAAUUAGCUAAUUCAGAUGCUGCACUGAAGGAAUGCAUGCAGCAACUGAGUUCUUUGCAAGAGGAACAGGAGCAAAAGAUACAAGAUGCUGUCAUAAAAGCAAAAAGUGAAUUUGAGAAGGCACAGGAAAAAUUAGAAGAUAAGUUGAGAGAGACAAGCCAAAAGCUUGCCAAUAUAGCUGUUGAGAACACAAAUUUGAGUAAGGCUAUUGUACUCAAAGAGAAAUUGGUGGAAGAACUGCAUAAACGUGCUUCUCAGACAGCAGCAGAAUUCGAUGCAUUAAUGGCUAGAUUAGAUACCACAGAAAAAGAGAAUACUUUUCUGAAGUAUGAGUUUCACAUGCUUGAGAAGGAGCUUGAGGUUCGCAACGAGGAAUUGGAAUACACACGUCGCUCUGCUGAAGCAUCACACAGGCAACACUUGGAAAGUGUUAAGAAAAUCUCAAAUUUAGAAGCAGAAUGCCAGAGACUCCGAAUACUAAUGCGUAAAAAACUUCCAGGUCCUGCUACUUUGACGAGGAUGAAGAAUGAAGUUGAGAUGCUAGGAAAGGAUCCGAUAGAGUUGAGGAGAAAGCCAAAUCCUACAAGAGAUUUGGUUCUCAGGGACACCACUGGGGAAAAAUCUUCUGAAAUUCCUGUUAAGAAUAUCAAUUUCCUGAUUGAGCAACUACGGGGUAUGGAAGAAGAAAAUAGAACUCUCAAGGAAAUACUGACCAAGAAGAAUACUGAACUCCGAUCUUCAAGGAUCAGGUAUUCACAAACAGCUUCCAAGUUGUCACAGGUUGAGACUCAGCUUAUAGAGCUUUCUGGCAGUCAGAAACAUAUGGAUUUGGCAAAGUGCAGUCCAGUAUCAAGUGAACUCUAUCCAAUUGCAGGUUUUGAUUUUGGCAGUGACGAUGGACUUAGCUCUUCUGGAUCAUGGGCUAAUGCUCUAAUGUCAGAACUGGAACAUUUCAGAGAUGCAAAACACAAGAGUCCAUCAGAUCGUAAGGCCUUUGAAGUUUCAGACAUUAGUUUAAUGGAUGAUUUUGUUGAGAUGGAGAAAUUAGCUGUAGUUUCUGCAAAAACACCUUCCAGAGGCAGUAAUCACUCUCUCUCAGCUGGUAAGGAACUAGUUCCAGUAGUUCAAGGUCAUUCUGGCUGUAAUGACAAAAGGGAGGUGCAUUCAAGAGAUGUUUCCACUGAUAAAUCCUUUGAUUGGCUUCAAGAGGUAUUGAAUGCAAUCUUUAAACAACAGCGUAUUUCAAAACAAAGUCUAACUGAACUUCUUGAUGACAUCAAAAUAGCUCUGGGUUAUAUAAAUAAUCCAGGUGUCUUUGAAGCAGAAACAACAACAAUGUCCAAGCAUUCGGUGGAAUCCAACAAUAGAAGUUGCAUUGCUUGGAAGUCUCCGAACAUAUCUUCAUUCAUUCAUCCAUUGAAUGAAGCUUCCAAUGCUGAAACCUCUGCUAGGGAAACAAGCAAAAAAGGUAGCCAAUUGAAUCUGAGCAAGUCAAUUGGCAAGAUCAUUCAGCUGAUCGAAGGAAUCAACCCAAGACCUCUACUCUGCAAUGGUGCAACAGAUAAUGUGUCAAGGAGGGAAGGAAGUUCCUCACACUCAGUGUCUGCAGACUAUUUUGUUCAUGUUUUUCAGUGGAGGAGUUCUGAACUAAGCUCUGUUCUGCAGCGGUUUAUUCUUACUUGUAACUCUUUGUUGAAUGGAAAAGCUGGUCUUGAAAGUUUUGCUGAAGAAUUGUUGUUUACUUUAGACUGGAUUGUGAACAACUGUGUUACACCUAAAGAUGCUUCAGGAACAAGAGAUAAGAUCAAAAAGCAUUUCAGUAGGAGUGAAUCGCAAAGUGACAAUGAAGUUGGAGUUGCUGUGGAUUUUCCACUGAUGGAUUCAAAUGCCAUUUGUAUUUUCAACGAGAAACCACCAAGUUUGCCAUCGGUUGCUUCUUUACAUGAGCAAUACAAUUCAAUUCAAAUGAAUUCUGGACAGUGUAAUCUGCAAGAAGAGAUCAGAAAAUUAAGAGAUGAGCUGAAGAAUAUGGAAUCUGGGAAAAAAGAAAUGGAGACCAAGCUUCAUUCUGCUGCUGAAAAGAAUGAAACUUUAAUGAUGCAACUUCAGAAAUCAGAACAAAGCAUUGAAAGUCUACAAAUGGAGCUGGAAGCUACGCGAGAAUCCAAAGGAAUGAUUGAAGAGCAGAUGGAAAAUCAGAAGACAAUCAAUGAAGAUUUUGAUACUCAACUUACAGUUGCCAAAGCAAAAUUGAAUGAGGUCUUACAGAAGUUCACAUCUUUGGAAGUUGAACUGGAAGAAAAAAGCAACUGUUGUGAAGAACUAGAAGCUACUUGCCUAGAGCUUCAACUCCAGCUAGAAAGUGUUGCAAAGAAGGAAUCUCUGAACUACAGCAUAAAUGAAGAUGAAGCGCAAAACCAAAAUGGAUCGGAGAUCACUGCAGCUUCUUUAAAGUUGGCUGAAUGCCAAGAGACCAUCCUUAACCUUGGAAAACAACUAAAGGCACUGGCUACACCAAGGGAAGCAGCUUUGUUUGACAAAGUAUUCAAUACCAAUGGUUCCACCACAACUGCCACCAUUAAUAAGAACUUGAAUAGGCGAUUCUCAUUGCGUGAUCAAAUGCUGGCUGAAGAUAAAACUAAGGCAAUUAUUCUCAGAUCUCCCACCACAGAAGCGAAAAACCAUUCUAAUAAUGGUAAUGCUUUGAGUACUCAUAGUUUCUUGGUACCUACUUCAGAAGCAAAAUUUGAUUCAAAGCAAAAGUCUGGUAAUAUUGCUGUCGGAGCUCUUGCUAUUGUACCUGGUAAAAAACAAGGAGGGGUUGGUUUUUUUCGGAGGCUACUAAUGAGAAGGAAGAAAGAAAGCAUCAAGAAGUCCCAUUCCUUAGGAAAGGUGGAGAAGUUGUAGAAGCCAAGCUGAAACAGAGCUCUUGCUGCCACGCCUAGAGGAGAAAUGGAAGCCAAACUUGCUCAUGUUCUGCUGCCACACCUUAAUGAUUUGGGAGAUGAUAGUUUGAGGAACCAUGUUGCUUUAUCUCAUCAUCUUUCUCUUUUUUUUUUUUUUUUUUUUUUGAGAAAGAGAGAGGGAUGUAAUGUGUUUUAAGUACUGCUAAUUUGUGUGUAUACAACUGGGUUUGAGGGCAUUAGAGAGCUCACAGUAACACCCACAAUUAAGAAUGGAAUCAGACGUGCAUGUUGCUAGAGUUGUUAAUGGUGUAUACUAUUUCUGGUUUCAUUUUGAUUUCA